GUUGUGAGAGGACCGAGGGUAGAAUUGUAAUAACGGUCAAAUACACACCUGCUUGCUUUGAGCGUAUAAAUAGGUUUCUUCCCAAUAGCAAACUUCGAUAACACCGAAAGCAAAAGCUCGUUGGUCAAAAUGGGAACGGAAGCGGAAACGGCGUCGUGUAAGUGGGAAGGCAAGCACGUAGCUCAAGUCAACGGCGUCACAGCUGAGAAGGUCUGGUCGGUUUUCUCAGACUUUUGUAACAUCCACGAGUGGUUCCCAGCACUGGACACGUGUUACCGAGUCCAAGGAACCGAUGGUGAGCCUGGUCUGGUCCGAUACUGCGCGUCCACCAAAACCAAGGACGAGGAGGAAACAACAAAGUGGGCUAAAGAGCGGCUGGUCAAGAUCGAUCUCAUCGGGAGGUGUUUAAGCUACGAGAUUCUCGAGAAUAACGUGGGGUUUAAAUCUUACGUGUCGACGGUCAGAGUAAUGCCCGAGGACGGUGACGAUCAAGUGUCUCGCAUCGAGUGGUCGUUUGUGGCCGAUCCUGUUGAUGGUUGGAAGAAGGAAGAUCUUGAAUCUUACGUUGACUUUUGCCUUCAACAUAUGGCCAAGAAAAUGGAACUCAAUCUGUAACAUCUUCUUCUUUUUUUAAUUAUUCGUUUGUUUUCCUAUCGUGUAAGUCUAGAUGGCGUGGGUUUCGUGUUAGGAAACUUGAAUAAAAUUACUUGUGGCUUGGUCCAUCGUAUGA